AACCAUAAGCAACUUGAUGGGCAGAGGAUUCUCAUCAACCGCCUUUUGGAGGAAGUUGCUAACCCAUUGCCGCUUGAUGCUGAAGAGGAUCAGCUGCAUAAGUACGCACGAUGCUACAUCCUAGCGCUAUUGGGGGACACAAUAUUCAUGGACAAAUCCGGCGAUAGGGUGCAUCUAAUGUGGGUGCAGCAGUUGGAAGACCUUCACAAUCCACGGAGGUACAGUUGGGGAAGUGCUUGCCUUGCAUGGUUGUAUCGAGAGCUAUGCAAGGCAAGCGAGGACACCAGUCAGAUUGGUGGGUGCUUGCUGUUGCUCCAGUACUGGGCAUGGGCCAGGUUCCCCUAUUUGUGCCCGACAGUUGAGCGAGGCCCGCCAGUGGGUGCUUACGGUCCUCCAGUACGUGGUCCACUAUCCCUGAAGUGGUUGUGGGUCCCAAACAAGAAAAAUAGGCCCGCCCACAUCUUCAGGGACAGGUAUCGCGAGCAACUAGCUUCCAUGUUGCCAGACCAGGUUUCGUGA